UCGUAUCAGCCAUUGUGUUGGUACCAGAACGGAGAAAAUAUGAUUGUCGGGCCGGAGAUGGUACAACAGACUACGGAGAAGGUUCGCGAGAUAAGGAAAAGGAUGAAGGUCUCGCAAGAUCGUCAAAAGAGUUAUGCCGACAAACGCCGUAAGCCAUUGGAGUUUGAAGAGGGUGAUCAUGUCUUUCUUAGAGUUACGCCUACCACAUGUGUUGGGAGAGCUAUCAAGUCCCGAAAGUUGUCUCCAAAAUUUAUUGGACCAUACGAGAUUAUCGCUCGAGUGGGACCGGUAGCCUAUCAGAUUGCAUUACCACCAUUACUAUCCAAUAUUCAUGAUGUAUUCCAUGUCUCGCAGUUGCGGAAGUACAUAGCAGACCCUUCCCAUAUAAUUGAACCUGAUACAGUGGAAUUGCAUGAUAACUUGUCUUUUGAAGUGCCCCCUGCAAAGAUUGCUGACAGGAAGAUCAAACAGUUAAAGAACAAGAAAAUUCCUUUGGUCAAGGUCAUUUGGAAUCAAGCUACAGGAGAUGCUACUUGGGAGUUGGAAGAUAAGAUGAAGGAGCAGUAUCCGGAUCUCUUUUCUAGUGUCAGUUUCGAGGACGAAACUAUUUUAAGGGGGUAUACCGAUAGACUGAAAAGUGUCAUUCAUCACUUCAAUCAAGCAUUAUCUUUGGAUCCAUUACAUUGGGUUGCUUAUGAAGAACUAUGCAUAUUAGGAUCGUCUUAUGCAUCGUAACUGAUUUUUUAUUGUCUCUAGCUCAAGUAUUUCCACUUAUCAUUCAUCUAGAAACGUCGUUAUAAAAUUAUGUCGAUCUUCUGAAGGCCACUGAGUAAAGUCCUUAUUUUGAUUCCUCUGUU